GUCAGGUGCGUGUUAAGCCCCGCCCACCGCACCGCCACCUGGCUGGUCUACUCAGGUGAGGUGGCACAACAAAGCAGAGCUCGUUAAUCCAGCGAAGGUGCUCGUUAUCCUGCAUGAGGACUACAGGGAACACUGAAAGAGCUCCGUAAUGGAAAAGAAGCUAAAGUUGAGGCGGUCUGAGAUUCUCUCCCAGCAGCACACCAGCCUGGCUUCUCCGACCGAACCGACUCCGAAAUCCAACAUGACGGGAGCGGCUCGGAACCGGACUCAGCCUUCACUGCGAAAGAAUGGUGUCUCCAAUGGGGGAGACGACUCACAACAUUCAAUCAGGAGCUUGUAUAGAUCUCCUUCUUCCACAAAGGGAAACGGGUAUAAUUUGGACAACCUCUCCUCAAAAAGCACCCAACCUCAGAAAAUGUCCAUGUCCCCAACAGCCGGUAUGGACCAGAUUGUAUGUGUGCUGGUAGAUUGGUCUGACCGCGUGCAUCUACUGCACCAAUCCGCUGUCUCUGAAUCGUCCCCCAGCGCACCCACCCGAGCAUCCACGCAUCCACCUGGGAAGUCCAGAACCAACUCGCUCACUCCUCAGUCAGUAAGAACAAAGAAUCCGUCUGGAUCCGCGGCGGGACGGGACAGCCUUAGAAAUGGACAGAGUCAGAAACACAGUUAUGUUAAACCUGGUACACAAAUGGUACAGUGGCUUAGAUCCACCCACAUGGACAGAGGUUUACCCCAACAGGCUCAAAUAUCCCAGAGAUGGGAAUCAGGCAGGUCCAUCAGCACCAACAGGUUCACCAACAGGUUCACCAACAGACAGGAUGUAAAGACAAUGAAGAAUCGAGCACAGCAAUCAGCUGAAAAACUUCCAGAGAUGACAAUUAAAACGGCCGUAAAGCUUCUGGACAAGAAAAAUGAGAAAGAGCUGAUCAGUGCCGCCGCAUACAUUCAGAGCCAAUGUUUUAAAAAAGACAUAGCCAGAUUUGAGGUUCGCUGGGCGCAUGGGGCUAAAAAGCUCGUGCAGCUGCUCAAAAACGACAGCGAAGAGGUGCAGCGCGCCGCAGCAGCGGCCUUGCGUAAUGUCGUCUACAAGGACAAAGGCAACAAGAAGGAGGUGACGGACGAGAAUGGCCUCACCAUCAUCCUGAACUUACUGGACAAGACCCACGAUAAGGAGACCGUAUGCCAGCUUGCAGGUGUCUUGUGGAAUCUGUCUUCAGUUGAUGAGAUCAAGGAUCUUUUUAAUGAAAAUUUCCUUCAUGUCCUCACCAAGGUGAUUUUGGUGCCCUUCUCUCACAUAAAUGGAGAGGCAGAAUGCAAGCAUGAUUUGAUCGCUGAUCCCAAAGCUUUCCUCUGCGCUACAGCCUGCCUACGGAACCUGAGCUCCGACGAUAACCACAGGAGGAACAUGAGGAGUUGCGAAAAUCUCAUUGACUCGCUGGCUUCCUGUACUACAGAGGCUGCAACCAAACGGACCCCUGAUGAAAAUCUCACAGAAAACUGCGUCUGCAUCCUUCAAAACUUGACCUAUGAAGCUGAGGAAGACUGGAUCCGCCAAACCACCAAAAAUACGGAAGAGACUCAAAAAAAUACGACUCCCAAAGAGACGACUUGCAGCUGUUUUCCUCGUCGCCGUGCCAACCUUGAAGAGGAUGCAAAGGACAAAGAGGAAGCAGAGAUGAUGUGCCUCCUGCAGAAUAAUGAAGACCCACUUGGAGUUAAGUGGCUGUGGAGCGGGCAACUUGUACGGGCGUACCUGUCGCUGUUGGCCUGCAGCACAAACAAAAUGACGCUGCAGGCCGCCAUGGGGGCGCUGCAGAACCUCACAGUGAGGAAGGGAGAGAUCUCCGAGUCCGUCGCCCGAAUUAUCGCGGAGGAAAAAGGACCUCGGAAAAUUACAGCCGUUUUAGAAAAGAACAUUACGCUGAAGAAACCAGCCUUGCUUCUGAUGAGGAACCUCUCCCGCUUUCCAGAGCUUCACCCCUCCAUCUUUGAAAAUUUUGUGACGACCGAAACCACAAAAUCCCUUUUACACCUUUUGGACAUCGGCGCAGAAGAAUCUGCUGAGCUGAUGCCGAUUCUGUGUCGGAUCCUCGUAAACCUGAGCAAGAACAACGUGGAGACGGCCCAGCGUAUUAGCCGUGAAACGGCCGUGAAUGAUAUGUUACAGAAGAAAUAUGAAGGUAAAGCUAAAGAGGCGGUGGAGGAGCUGAGGGCCACGUUGUCCCCCAGAAGUUCUCACCAACAUCUAGAAGAAGAUAAAACCAAAAACGCCAAAAUUCUUAACUUGCUACCAAAGUCUCUGCAGUGCCGUACUGGAGCUAAACAUGAGGAAAUCCCGUCCACAUAAGAUAUACAAAACACCAUUUUUUUCCAUUAGGAGUUAUUUUUGUAUUACUUUUUGUUGUAGUGCACAAAGAAAUAUGGGAUAAAAUGUUCAAAUUAUUUAUGCCUUUUUUAGUCGGAGUCAUAGAGAUGAUAGCAAAGCACUUUUUAGGCAACCACAAUGAAGUAAGUAUUCCUAGCCACUGUUCCAUUAGCAAACUUGAAUUAUUUCUGGCAAAGAUAAUGCCAGCUUUAAAAAAAAAAAUAUAUAUAUAUAUAGUAUAAAGGCAGCUCAACACCUAAUGAUAUUACUUUGCACUUUCUGUGACAAUGCUGUGAAGAAUAGUAAAACAAAUGAAAUCGACAAAUUCUGUAGAUGGGAAGAAAUGUCAUUACUGAAUAAUACAUGAAGUUUAAAGUGUUCCAAAAUGUAUUUUUAAUUGUAAUUUUUUUUGUGUGAAAAUAAACAUUUAUGAAUGCAUUC